AUGAUUGGUCAUGGAAAGUGGGAAGCCGCCGUGGAGUCGGCAGCCGACUCGAAGAAGAAGGGCGGCGGCUUUCAAAGCUUUAACCUGGAAAAACCACUACUCGAUGCAAUUCUGAAGCAGGGCUUCUCUGUGCCCACCCCGAUCCAGCGCAAGGCGAUCCCGCCGAUGCUGCAGGGGAACGAUGUAGUCGCCAUGGCCCGCACCGGGUCAGGUAAGACAGCGGCAUUCCUCAUCCCAAUGCUGAACACCCUAAAGGCGCACGCAAAGAUCGUUGGUAUUCGCGGUUUAGUGCUCUCCCCGACACGCGAGCUGAGCCUGCAGAUCUUACGCAACGGCUUCGCGCUUAACAAGUUCCUCGAUUUGCGCUUUGCUGCGUUGGUAGGUGGCGACUCGAUGGACCAGCAGUUCGAGCUGCUGGCGUCGAACCCAGAUGUAGUGGUCGCCACGCCCGGUCGCCUACUGCACAUCAUGGAGGAGGCUUCAUUGCACCUUACUAGCGUGCGCUGCCUGGUUCUGGAUGAGGCAGAUCGCCUCUUCGAGUUAGGUCUGCAGCCGCAGAUCGGUGCCAUCAUGCAGAAGCUACCCGAGUCUUGCCAACGUGCCCUUUUCUCCGCGACGAUGCCUACCGUAUUGGCGGAAUUCACGAGCGCCGGGCUGCACAACCCGGUGGUCAUACGCCUCGACUCGGAGAUGAAGCUGAGUGACCAACUGAAGCAAAGCGCUUUCCUCGUGCGCAACGACGAGAAGGUUGCCGCGUUGAUCGUGCUGCUCAAGCGUGUGCUGCACGUUGGCGAGGCGGCGGCGAAUAGCGCGCAAGCGCUCAUAUUUUCGGAAUCAAAGUUUCAUGUGGAGUUUCUGCAGAUGAUUCUGACGCACUACAGCAUCUCAACGAGCGCGGUGCACGGACAGAUGGACCAGGAGGCCCGUCGCCUUGCGGUGCGCAGCUUUGCGAAGCGUGAAACGAGCGUGAUGGUGGUGACGGAUGUGGCCGCGCGAGGUUUGGACUUGCCGCUGCUCGACAACGUCGUCAACUUCUCUUUUCCCUUCAACCCAAAGCUGUUUGUGCACCGCGUCGGCCGUGUCGCGCGCGCCGGUCGCUCUGGCACGGCCUACUCGAUCAUGACCUUCGAGGACUUCCCGUACUACGUUGAUCUCAUGCAGUUCAUAGGCCGGCCGCUGCAAUCUGCCCCGGUACCUGGCGACCUCCUCUUCACGCCAGACGACGGCUGCUACGGCCGCUUGCCCGAAGAGGACAUCCAGCUGGAGCUGGACUUCCUCAAACGCCUGCACGAAAACGAUGUGGAGGUGCGCAACAUGGCGCGAGUGGUGGAAAACGCGCAUAAGAAGUUCAACCGUACAAAGAAGAAGCCGACGCACGAGGCAAUUCAAGAGGCUCGAAAGCCGCAGUACGCCUUCGACCGCACCCCGCUUCAUCCAAUGCUGCUCGAACGCCUCGGCAGUACCCGUGUGCGUGCUGACGAGGUGCGCUUCGACCUGAAGCGAUUCAAGCCGAAGGAGCUGUUUCUAGAAAUAGGCUCAAAGGAGAAGUUGUUCGAGAUUCGCCCGCCGGAGACGGCGCAGUCCUUGGCACGAUCAAGCAACGCCGAGGGCGGGGCAAAGAAAGUCGGGGCGGCCUCCACACCGCCACCAGCGAAGCAGCUCUCCUUUGCCGAGAAGAUGCUGCAGCGUGCGCAAGAGCGCAGAAAACGCGAGCACGAAGCCGGCAGCAGCACUUCUGUUAAUAGCGACGAUGCGGUGAUGAACCUGGUCACGCACCCUCGUCAGGCCGCACUGGGGCAUAAGGAGAGCAUGGAGACCGGCGCAUACCGUGACGAGAACUUCUUCAUGGACCUGGAGCGGCGAGACACGCUCGACAACGCGCACUACUCCGUCAAGGAUGCGACGAUGGACAUGACCGCCGAGACGGCUGAGGAGGCUGCACAGCAGCGGCAGGUGUUUGCGUGGAGCAAGAAGAAGAAUCGUUAUGUCCAAAUGCACGUCAAUGACGCGAAGGCGCUCCUGAGAGGCAUAAAAAACGAAGCCGGCAAGGCGAUCAACUACAAAAGCAAGCUUCAGGCCUACUCGAAGUGGAUGAAGAAGAGCAACAUGCGCAUCCAAGAUGUCGGCGAAGAGGAGGACCUGGUUCCGCUGAAGCGCGCCAAGGCGGCGGCAUUCUCCUCCCAGCCGCAAGGCGACGACGUCGGCAAUGGCAACGACGACUUUGUGGACAUCAGCGACCCGAACCAAGGCAAGAAACUACGUAUCGGACGCAAGCAAAAGCGGCUGCCCAAGGACGGUCACGUACGUUCUUUCGAGGAGAUGGCGGCAAUGCGGCGCAAGGCGGAGAAGGAAAAGAGCCGCCUUGCGCGCAAGAGUCAGCGCAGUGGUGCUGGCAAGAAGAAGAGUAAGUAA